UAGCUUCUCUCACAGUACGAGCAGUCGCUGCUGCAACGGAUGGACGCGUACAGUGGGGAGCCACAUCAACGAGGGACUGCUUUACUGUACAGAUAGCUUUCUAUCGGAUGUAGGGAUUUUUUUUUUCAACCUGAGGACCUUUCAUCUGGGUGAAGAAGCAAUUUUUCUUUCUUUUUAUUUAAAGAAGUCGAUUCGCUUCCCUUUUCUUCCCCCCAACACACACACACACAAACAGGUCGAUUGCCUGUCGUAUGAAAAAGGGCGUGUGUUCGGGGUGAGGGGUAGUUUGUUGAAGAUUUCAUGUGGUUAUAUAUGGUGUGAUAGAUAUUUUUUUACACACCACCUGGGUCUGAAGGACGUAGUGGAGGAUGGGGUGCACGUUGAGUACCGAGGACAAGGCGGCGGUGGAGCGCAGUAAAAUGAUCGACAGGAAUCUGCGGGACGACGGGGAGAAGGCAGCCAGGGAGGUCAAGCUGCUGCUGCUCGGUGCUGGAGAAUCAGGGAAAAGCACAAUUGUCAAGCAGAUGAAAAUCAUCCAUGAAGCAGGUUACUCAGAAGAGGAGUGCAAGCAGUACAAGGCUGUGGUCUACAGCAACACCAUCCAGUCCAUCAUCGCCAUCAUCAGAGCCAUGGGACGCCUCAAGAUCGACUUCGGCGAAGCCGCAAGAGCCGACGACGCCCGGCAGCUGUUCGUCCUGGCCGGGUCGGCGGAGGAAGGCUUCAUGACGGCCGAGCUCGCCGGCGUCAUCAAGCGGCUCUGGGUGGACCGGGGAGUCCAGGCCUGCUUCAGCCGCUCGCGCGAAUAUCAGCUCAACGACUCGGCGGCAUACUACUUGAACGAUCUGGACAGGAUAUCCCAGCCCACUUACAUCCCGACCCAGCAGGACGUCCUGAGAACCCGAGUCAAAACCACGGGCAUCGUAGAGACGCACUUCACCUUCAAAGACCUUCACUUCAAAAUGUUUGACGUCGGCGGUCAGCGAUCUGAGAGGAAGAAGUGGAUCCAUUGCUUCGAGGGCGUGACGGCCAUCAUCUUCUGCGUGGCGCUGAGCGACUACGACCUGGUGCUGGCCGAGGAUGAGGAGAUGAACCGAAUGCAUGAGAGUAUGAAGCUGUUUGACAGCAUCUGCAACAACAAGUGGUUCACAGACACUUCCAUCAUCCUCUUCCUCAACAAGAAGGAUCUGUUUGAGGAGAAGAUCAAGAAGAGUCCCCUCACGAUCUGUUACCCUGAAUAUGCAGGCUCCAACACGUACGAGGAAGCGGCCGCCUACAUCCAGUGUCAGUUCGAGGACCUGAACAAGAGGAAGGACACCAAGGAGAUUUACACCCACUUCACCUGCGCCACAGACACCAAGAACGUGCAGUUCGUCUUCGACGCCGUCACCGACGUCAUCAUCAAGAACAACCUGAAAGACUGCGGUCUCUUCUGAGCGACGAGGACGACCUGCUUUUGGCGGUGGAGCCAGCUCAUUGUGCAUCUUUUGUAGAGAGGAUGAGAAGAGGAUCAGUGAUGGACCAGUGCUGUACUAUACGCCACUUUUAACAGCUUUAUUUAUGUUUCUGUCUCAGAACAUUCUCAACUACAGUUAUUACAUUUGUGUAGGCUGUUUGUAUCAAUGUAAAAGCAUCACUUGUUCUUUUUUUAUGUUUUAAUCUUUGUUUUUCAUUUCCAAGGAGUAGGAGAUUA